UCCUGGAUCCCGCCUCCAACAUCUAUGUCAACUCCGUCAUGGCUCCAGAUAUUGCUGCCCGUGUGGCUGCGACGGCAACAGGAGGAGAUGAGGCUGCAGCGGACAGGAUCAUCCAGCGGUCGCUCGAUGGCCUCGUCGCCUUCCCGACCCGCCUCUUCCCCUACCUCCCCAUCGUCGAGGCCAUGCGAUACCUCGACGCCGCCGAGGCGGACCCCCUCGUCGCCUCCCUCCUCAUCAUCAAUCGCCGCGGGAUAGAGCGAUCUUUCGUGGCCGACUCCGGCACCACCGUGGCCGCCGUCGAGGCGGCCCUCCGAUGCGCAGCACUCGCCGCCCGCCACCCAGAUCCGCACAGGCUCGUGCUAGUGUGGAAGCUGCUUUCACUUUCACCUGGCCUCAACAACCUCCAGCAGCCGAGGCUUCAAUGCAAGUUUGACCAACUUCUGCUCAAGCUGCAUCAUGUAGCAUCGGAUUCAGUUCUCCAACUAGAAAGAUCCUGGGAGCUUGCCAAAUCUAGGCUUGAGCGCGCAAAAGCAAAACCCCGAGCACUGCCUCCUACCCGGGCACCCAGGAAGCGAGUGCUUAUGGCAAGAAUCCAUGGUUUCUACCUAGAUGCGCUGGCCAGGCUGCCCAAGGACGAGCUGUGUUCUCGGUACCACCACAGCCUGCUCAAGGCGGGCCACUGCUAUGGCCCGCUGGACCCUGUCUCCAACAUCAUUAUCAACACCAUUUGGUAUGACAAAGCCUACCCGCCAAGCAAACAAUUUACAAUACAAAUGAUCAGCAUCAGCUGCCUGAUGCGAAUUGUGGCCCGGUCUUUCUAUGGCCUUGUGUCCUUCAUGUGUGCCCGCUACCCGGAUCGUACAGCCGACCAGAUUCUGCAGCGCCUACAAAGACGCCAAUGCUGACCUGCGAGUUGCUGUUCCCACCUUUGGUGAUAUGCUCCAAGCGGCUACGAGGAACGAUAAUGCACUGAGCUUCUCUGGUAAUUUGUGACAGGUUGUUGCAUCUCUGCUCAGAGGGGCGACAAAAAGUUUGGUUGGGGGAAGAAGCUCACACCCCGGUGUCCAAGUAGCAUAUAAUGCAGCAGCCACUGCUGCGAGCCACCCCGUGCCGCAUGAGCAGCAAGCGCUUCUUGGAUCACCUGACUCAGUGCAUAUGCUUCAGUUAGCCUGUACGCGGGUGAUGCGUAACGAUCGCAUACUCUCCUCUGAGAAUGUUGAGACUAUUGCCACUUUCAUCAUGCCUCCCUAUGCUGAUGACUUGUACCAGCAACCACACCCUGAGCCUCGAAAGGUAGACAGCUCAACCUUACUUUGGUUUUCUCGUCGAUGCCAACAGUUCUGGAAACAGCAUGAACUAGUCCUCAGGAAGGUGGAAGAAGCACUGACCAAAUUCAACAACAGCAAGGUGGACAAGUAUAAGCUUCAUUUUAUAUGUGGUGUCAAUGAACACGUAUCUGGCCCGGAGUACAGCCUGGACAUAGGAUACAAUCCGAGGGAUCCUUCAAAAUAUUAUCACAGCCAUAUCAAUUUUCUUGCAACUUGUGAAGACCCUCAAUCUGUGCAUGCUCCUGCAAAGCUCUUUUUUGCUGAGUGUGGCAACUAUAGGCCUAAUGAAUCUUGGUGCUUACCUGUGAAUCUGGAUCAAGACACUGUGCGCAAAUGCGGCAGAAAUUGUCUUGGCAUGAAAAAUGUCAUCACCAGAAUGUGCGUAUGCAGAGCAUGUCCGUUGCAUGUACUGCGAGGAGCAAGGGACUAGGAUUGUGCAUCCAGCUGUCCAUGGUUUUCAUGGGCGUGACAUAAUAGAGUUUGAGAAGGUGCUGGUUGGAGAACCUCUUUUUCGUGGAUCAGACGGGAGGGACUACACCAACGAUGAUCUAUAUGUCAAAGCCCUAGACAAGGUGGGUGAUCUUGAAGAUGACUACAUCUACUCUGACUAUGUCCUAGAUCCUGAUGCUAGAAAAGUUGGGCCAGAAAUGCCCUACAUUCCCUUUUGUAUAUCCUGAGCAUCUAUAUGUUUGGAGGAGCUAAAGUAAUAAACAUACUAAAGUUGUUGAGUCUUAAGUUAAAAUUUAGCACACCCCAUUAGCAUUUCCA